UGCCCUAUAGUAGCUGCUUAAGUUUAAGUAUCUUUCAGUGAUUAACAAUGCAAGGCCUCGCUCCAUAUUCCAAGUUCAUCAGCUUGAUCACUGCGAUGCUCCUGCUUGCGCUGGCUGGCGUCGCCAGUGGCGAGCGGCAGAGGAACGCGCCGUGCAAGGAGAUGACCAUGUACUACCACAACAUCCUCUACGACGGCGCCAACACGGCGAACGCGACGGCGGCGUUCGCGACGCAGCCGACACUGUUGAGCCGGUCGGCGUCCGUCAACGACACCUACUUCGGCGAGAUCGUGGUGUUCGACGACCUGGUGACGGCGGGGCCGGCACUGUCGUCGGAGCCGGUGGCGCGCGCGCAGGGCUUCUUCUUCUACGACAAGAAGGAGGCGCCCAACGCGUGGUUCGCCUUCUCCCUCGUCUUCAACUCGACGGCGUACAGGGGCACCCUCAACCUCAUGGGCGCCGACCUCAUCGCGGAGAAGACGCGGGACAUCUCCGUCGUCGGCGGCACCGGCGACUUCCUCAUGGCGCGCGGCGUCGCCACGCUGCGGACCGACUCCUUUGAGGGCCUCUACUACUUGAGGCUCCAGAUGGACAUCAAGCUCUACGAGUGCUACCACGUCUAAGACCAUAUACAUACACAUGCAUCGUCGUAAGGAUAUACUACUACAGUACUAUAUAUGAGAUAAAAUGCAUGCUCCAUUUUUACAUGUCUUGCGUGUUGUGAUGUUGUGUUAAACUGGCGUCUUGUUGUUGUACCUGUGGGAGUUUGGGCUGUGUGUACCACAAUGUUGUAAGACGACAUGGAUAAGAUGUGUCUGCAUACGUUCAAUAUAACGAGUCGAUUCUCUGA